AUGACCAAGCGCAAGGCUUCACAAACCGGCUCGACCUCCAAGCGCCAGCGCGCUGCAGAAUCCGGCGAGGAAAAAGCCGGAUCUGGAGUUCCUGGAAGCGUCAUAGAUAUUUGCAAAGAAAUCAAUGCAGAUGAGAGUUCCGGAUCUGAGGAACAACAAUCACCGAUCCGGGUGGUGACUCUUCCAACCACGGCCGAAGAAGCCGGCGAGGAAGACGAAGCCGCCGAGGAAGAAGAUUCUGGAGAGGAAGAAGAAGCCGUCGAGGAAGAAGAAGCCGUCGAGGAAGAAGAAUCCGGAGAGGAAGAAGAAGCCGGCGAGGAAGAAGAAUCCGGAGCGGAAGAAGAAGCCAGCGAGGAAGAAAACUCCGAAGAGUCCGCCGGUGAAGAUGAGGAUGAUUUGUCAACUACAGUACAAUGGAAAUACCUACGAAAAGGUAUGGAGCAAAUAAAACACAAGGUUAACAUUACGGGCAAGGAGAACAUUAUUGAAAUCAUAAACGAUGUUUUAAAGGGUGACAAUGUAUACCGUGAGCUGCAAGAGUCUGUUUUCAGCGAUUUCCUAAAACUGCCAUCCCGCAUAUCACGAUCAGGCCAAUGCCUGCAUUUCAUGAUAUCAAGACAGAUAGCAGGACAAUCAAAUCCGGAUGAGACGGCGUUGUUUUUUAUCGUGGAUGACUAUGUGACGAGGUUUUCCAGGAUUGAGUUUUUUUUUAUGACAGGAUUGAAAUUUGGGUCAAGCAACUUUAACCCCUAUGCAGAUCACAUCAUACUUGAGAAUUCUUUUUAUCAGAGAGUUCUUGGCGGUAGGGAAAUUUCCCCCAACAAAUUGAGGGAGAUGUUUAUGACCCGAGGUUUGGGUGAGCAUAAAGCGGACUACGUUAAGGCAGCAAAGAUGCUACUAGUGACGGAUCUGAUAUUUGGCUAUGAUGGUACGAAUUCCAGAAUUCCGGAUUGGCUCUGGGUGCUUUUGGAGGACACAACAGCAUGGGAGGAAUUCCCAUGGGGCAGCAUGUCAUUUCAGAUGACAAUUCAUGCAAUCAACAAGGUGAGAAGCACUCCAGCAGCAAAUGCAUCAUAUCAUCUAACCGGGAACACUCUUGCCUUCUUGGCUUGGAUGUAUUGUGCUCUCCCAAAGCUGGGAAAGGAUAUCGGAGAAAGAAAACCCUCAAAAGUAUUCCCUCGGAUGCUGAGGUUCACCUACACUAACAAUCGCAGGAAACCGGAAGCUGGCGAACAGGUUCAUUUUUCACUGAAACCAACAGAAGAGGAAAAUCAACAUAAACACUGGGCAUCUAUUGAAGAAGAAGGAACACCAUUCAUUUUGCAGUACAGUCCCACUGCGGAUGGCAGCAAGAAGAGAGCAAAGAAAAUGGCCGCGAGGUAUGAGGGGGUCAGAAUGAUUCAAGAACAAAGGGUGGAGAGCGAAGGAGAAGGAAGAAACCAGCAACAGCAAGAGCAUCAACAACAGCAACAUCAACAACAACAGCAGGGAGAGGCUGUGAUGACAUUCACAGCCUCGGAAAUGAAGCAAUUUAUUGAAAAAGUGGGAGAAAGCGCAGCAAAGAGAGCGCGCAUUGAAUUUGUUGAACAUUUCAAUCGGGAAGAGCUGAUAAAUGACAUAGCUGACUGCGUCGUUAGCAAAUUGCGUCAAAGACAGCAAUAUAGGCCACCACAAGAGGUUGCAAGCACAGCAGAAUGGAUGGCGCACUGUGAAACUGAGGAGAGAUUUUACCGCCAAGUAUGGGGAACACCGGCUUCUAUGCCAACACCAACACCAACACCCACACCACCAGCAAAUGCAGACAUUGAAGCCGGAAUAUCAGCCGCAGCGGCAGCACUAGCAACCGCACAACAUGAAGCAGGAACAUCUGCAGCAGUGGCAGCAGCAACAGCAUCCCCGCCUCAACAAUUGGGGCAAAUCAGACCAACCAGGAUGAGGAUGCCAUCUGCAGCAUGUAAAAGUCCAUUCCGGCGUGAUGAUGUCAGAGGAACAAAUUUUCUUAGGUACCUGAGGAGCAAAGAAGCUGAACAGUAA